AUAUUCUCAACUCAAAGGAAAAGGCCUAGCCUGGCGCAAUUUGCACUUGUGAACAAAGAAUUAUAUAUUUUUUCCUUAAAAAUUUCCAGCAUGUGUGUAUUUCUCUUCAAUUUUUGAUAAAUUAUUCUCGGCAACCACAGGGAUAUACAAAAACAGCCUUGACACUUAAGUACCUAACUUAUUUCGUUAGAAGUUGUGUGCAUAUUUUUUAGCUUUUAUCGUGGGUUUGGAGGUGGAAAAGCGAUAAGCGCGUAGGAUAUGCAGAAAAGUCAGUUUGAGCAACAAAUGUAAGCAUAUGGCUAACGAUCGCAAUAAUUUAGGGACAUCGUCCCAAAUUUUAACUACUAAAGAAGGAGUGCAAUGGAGACAAUUCUUUUAUGGACACGCUAAACUUGAGGGCACAACAAAAACAUCAAUUUUCCUCGCAGCUUUUGGAAUGGAAGUGAUCACAUCCUUCCAAUUUACCCAGCCAACACACGUGCCAUCAUUUUUAGUGGUUCUUCUCUCAGUGAACACAGUAAUUUUAAUCGCACUGCAUUCAUUUGCCUUCAUAAUUGGCACCUGUCUCCUGCCUAACUUGGAAGCCGUCACUGUAGAGUAUGUCUCGCCGCAAAAAGGACAUCUUGGUCCAGUUCCAUCAUUUUCUCCCCAUGAAAGGUUUUCAGGGUUUAUUGGAAUGAGUCACAAGAUUGCCCACGUUUUUGGUUUGUUCGUGUUUAUGGUUGAAGUGCCACUCGUGGUUUGGGUCAAGUUGUGGGACAUUUCGCAAUAUUCAGGCAUAGCCAGUGUUGUGACAAUGGUGCCGUUCAUGGUGUUGUUUGCACUUUUCUGCUGGUAUUUUAACUUCCAAUAUAAUCUCCAAAUGGUAAAAACCAGACGUAACGUCAUCAACGAUGCAGAAAAUCAAUACAGGUGUGGAUCGCAGGAGUCAAUCGAAAUGAGUUCAUACCCUAAUUACGAAUCGCAUCAUGAUACGCCUGAAACACCACCACUAAGACGCAGUCUGCAAGCAGAUUUUGGAACUCAACCGCCAGUUCUGACUAAAAGACUCUCAAGCGCUAGAAAAAGUGUCACUUUGGAAACGGUAGUGGAGUAUGCUAAAUAAAAAAUUAAAUAUUUCACGUUAAAUGUUUGGCUUCUUUGUUAAUGGUCUUUGAAUUCAAUCUAAUUUAGUUGGUAAGAAAUUCUCAAAAAUUGCAAUAUGAUUUUACCGAUUUUACUUCAACACUCAAACCGCAUUAUGCCGAAGAGUAUUAAUUUUUACUGUUAUAUUAGGGUUAAAUAUUGAGUCAUAUUUUCUUACUUGAUUAAUUUUCAAGGAAUGUAUAUUUCAACCGCAGCGAUAAAAACUGUCCGUGUCAUAAAUUAUUGUUGUGUUAAAUACUUACAAUUUACCCUUAAUUGACGGGAUUCACUUAUUUUUUUGCCAUGU